AUGGCAGCGUGCCCGAAGACCCGCCGUGGUCGCUCGCUCACCCGUGGCUCGCCCCGGUUCAAGGAAAUAAUGGACAGAAUCUAUAAAAACGUCAUGAGUAAAGUUCAAGAGAUGAACUACAUUCAGAGAACUCUGUUCAAGAUAGGCUACGACUACAAACUAGAACAAAUCAAGCGGGGAUACGAUGCACCGCUGUGUAACGUACUGCUGUUCAAAAAAGUCAAGGCACUGCUGGGCGGGAACGUCCGCAUGAUGCUUUCUGGAGGAGCACCACUCUCGCCUCAGACACAGAGGUUCAUGAACAUCUGUUUUUGCUGUCCUGUUGGUCAAGGCUAUGGCCUAACAGAAACGUGUGGAGCUGGAACAAUUACAGAAGUUGCCGAUUACAGCACCGGCCGAGUCGGAGCUCCUCUGAUUUGUUGCGAAAUAAAACUGAGAGACUGGCAAGAAGGGGGCUAUACUAAUAAGGACAAGCCUAACCCUAGAGGAGAAAUUAUAAUUGGUGGCCCUAACGUCUCAAUGGGGUAUUUUAAAAACGAAGAGAAGACGACAGAAGAGUUCUCCGUUGAUGAGAACGGUCAGAGAUGGUUUUGUACAGGAGAUAUAGGAGAAUUCCAUCCGGAUGGGUGUCUGCAGAUCAUAGAUCGUAAGAAAGACUUGGUGAAGCUGCAGGCGGGAGAAUACGUAUCUCUGGGCAAAGUAGAGGCAGCACUCAAGAACUGUCCCUUGAUUGACAAUAUCUGUGCUUACGCCAAGAGCGACCAGUCUUACGUCAUCAGUUUUGUGGUCCCCAACCAGAAGAAGCUGACGGCGUUAGCUGAGCAGAAGGGCAUCAGCGGCACCUGGGUGGACAUUUGUAACGACGCUACGAUGGAAGCUGAAAUACUGCGGGAGAUCAAGGAGGUGGCAAACAAGAUGAAGUUAGAAAGGUUUGAAAUACCCAUCAAAGUACGUUUAAGCCCUGACCCGUGGACCCCAGAGACCGGGUUAGUAACAGAUGCUUUCAAGCUGAAAAGGAAAGAACUGAAAAACCAUUACCUCAACGACAUUGAACGAAUGUACGGAGGCAAAUAA